GAGCAGUUUAGAAAGAAGAAAAAAAAACCCUAGAAACCGGAAAAUAUGGAGAGGAAGAAAUCACUUGCUUUCAUUGUUAACUUGCUUAUCAUAUUUAGCUCAGUUGUGAAUCAGGCUAGAGGAAAUACAUGUACCGAUGGAUUAGGCAGUUGUGAAAACUGCGACGCGAGAUGCAAGGCCAAGCACGGAUUAUCGAGCGUAAGCAGCUGUGAUCACAGUAUUGGAUUGCCAAUUCCGCUAUGCACAUGCUCUUACCAAUGUGGUGGAUCCCCGCCUUCACCACCUUCCCCAAAAAUUUGUAACGGUGGGGGUGGUAUAUGUAGUCAAAGAUGUCCGAAAACAUGUUGUGAGAUAAAUUGCGCACAAAAAUAUAAUGGUGGACAUGGAUUUUGUAACACUCUUGGUACAUUUAGUUUGUGCCAAUGUGUAUACCCUUGUUAAAGCCGGUUCAAAAAAUUGUUAAAAACUUAUUUCUUUUUU